GGUCGAUCCGUCCUGCGGAGCACCGAUCGCGCUCUGAUUUCCGGCCGUUUUGUCGGAGCUUGGAAGGGGGACAAGCGGAUGGGAGGGGAGGGGGGCGAGGAAGGAGGUAGCCUGAAGCCGUGAAGGUGGGGUGAGAAGGGGAAGCAGAUGAACCAAGUUUGAUCCAGUGAAGCUGAAGAAACUUGGGGCCAGCAUUUAAGAAGAAUUGGCCCGUAACAGCUGGCAGUUCUUCUACUAUAAGCACUGUACAAUUGGUGCUGCUGCAAUUGUACUAGUCAAUGGGGUGAAAGCUAAGAACCUUGGCCUUCAAGUUAUUGCAAGGAUAAAAUUUGAGCUGAAGGUCUCAAGAUUCACAAAUAGCCUCAUUCUAGUGGAUACGAUCAAGAAAGCGACAGUUUGGUCACACUUGGAUCCGGACACAAAAUGACAGUAAUAGAUUUCAUAGAUCUGAGUGAUCAUGAUAUUAUUGACUUGAGCAGCAGCAAUGACGAGACUGUUCAGGAGGUUCUAAUUGCAACUCAGCACCGGGCAGCGUCGCUUGAUAAGCAGGAUGUGUUUGUCCUAGCUGGUGAAGGAAGCCGAGGGGUGCAGGCCGUGUUUGUUGCAGCUGGUGAAGGAAGUCAGAAUGAGCAGGCCGUGUUUGUUGCAGCCAGUGAAGGAAGUCAAGAUAGGCAGGCUAUGUUUGUUGCAGCUAGUGAAGGAAGGCAAGAGGCUUCUGAGCCCGUACAUGCUUUGGAAGCUACCGCAUCGUCCAUGAUUAUGGAGGAAGCACCUCUCCUUGCAGCUAGUGAAGGAACUCAAGAUGUGCAUGCUAUGUCUGUUGCAGCAACUGAAGGAAGGCAAGAGACUACUGAGUCCGGACAUGCUUUGGAAGCAACCGCCAAGUCAGUGAGUGUGAAAAGGAAAUAUCGUAAGAAGAACUACCAUACCGACACUCCUAGGAGAAGUCCUAGGCUUAUACAGAUGGGUGAAUGUUGUAUCGGUCCUGUGGAAGAGCCAGCAGCCGACCACAAGAGGUCUCACACGCUCGGGCCAGCAGAAGAAUCAGCUGCCUCUACCGACCCAGCUGAAACGGCUGUCCUCACUAUGCCACAUGUUGGAUCAACGAGUUGUUUUUGCUCUCCAACAUCAACGACACUCCUCAGCCUGACUUCCACCACUCCGAAAGCUCAGACUUCUGAAGGUGGCGACGCAAAGUCAGUGAGUGUGAAUGCAAAAUGUCAUAAGAACUACCAUACCGACACUCCUAGGAGAAGUCCUAGGCUUAUACAGAUGGGUGAAUGUUUUACCAGUCAUGUGGAAGAGCCAACAGCCGACCACAAGAGGUCUCGCACGCUCAGGCCAGCAGAAGAAUCAGCUGCCUUUAUCAACUCAGCUGAAACGGUUGUCCUCGCUCUGCCACAUGCUGGAUCAACGAAUUGCCUUCGCUCUCCAACAUCAGCGACAUUCCCCAGCCCGAUUUCCACCAGUCCUAAAGCUGUGACUUCUGAAGAUGGCGAUGCAAAGCUGGUGAGAGCGAAGGCGAAACAUAUUGAGAGGAACUACCAUAUCUUGUCCUUGGUUAGGGAAAAACCACCUCUUGGCCUGACUUCCAGCAGUCCGAAGGCUCUGUCCUCACAAGGUGGUGAUGCAAAGCUGGUGACCGGGAAGGUGAAAUGUCGUAGGAAGAACUACCGACCCUGCAAACUAACUCUAGUUGACUGAAUCUUUCUAACUCUUGUUGCUGUAGUUCCUCUCGUGUGUAACCACUCUUAUUGCAUCUGUAGUGGGAUCGAUCUGAGCUCGCGUUGCGCCAUCUCAAAUUCGUCUAGGAUGUAAACUGUGGGUGAUUUUUGGACUUGUUUCGUCAAGCACAUCAUUAACUAGGUGGUAUUUUGGUGAGCUUGGAAAUGGCGCGCAGCUGCUGUUUUCUGGGAGCUUAAGAAAAAUUUGUAGGAGUUAAUCCUGGCUCUAAGCUGAGAUGUAACCAAACCAACAAUAGAUCCAGAUUUGUUAGAGCAACUGCAUUUUGAUUAUCAAUAUUGCAAAAAAGGUGUGUGGCUUUGGUA